AUGAUCCAAACCUUCAACGACCUUAUAAGCCAUAUUUCUAAAGUUGGCACAAAUGAUGUACAGUGGGCUUCUCAAAAAAUGGGUGACGAAGAGCUGGAGACUCUAAUUGCCGCAAUGGAAAUGUCCCCUAUUCCUGUGGAACAGAUCGAUAUUUCUAGGAAUGAAAUAACAUCAACUGGCGCCGCAGCGUUUUCUCGUUUUAUACGAAAAACACCCAGCGUAAAGGAGGUGCAACUUCAGGACAACCAUAUUGACGACGUUGGAGCAAGGACCUUUCUUCAUCUGUUCAGCAACCCUGCACACCCAAAACUAUUCAAUAUUGAAGGGAAUCCUUGCUCCAAAGCUUGUGCCCAUAAUUUGGCACUUUUGGCUCGGAGUGACACAUUCCCCAAAGAAGUUCAGAGGGCACUAAUUACAGGUGAAACAGAUGAAUUGAACCUAACUGGAGUUGACUACAACAAAACGGACCCCCGUUUGGUUCCGUUUUUUGUUGAGAACAUGGAGGGACUAAAGAGACUGAUACUGUCUGGAUGUUCACUUAGGGACGCCGGUGCUGGUGUGGUUGGAGCACUCAUUAAAAAUGCCCCUUUGUGUCAUGUGGAUCUGAGCAACAAUGAUAUAUCUGAAGUUGGGCUUACACAAUUUAUUGAAUUGAGCGACCUUUCGAAUCAUCAGACCAUUACGUCUUUGUCCUUUGCUCAUAACAUUCGCAUUGGCAAUUUUACGGCUCAGAACCUUUCGAAAACCCUUUUCCAAAAGAAUUACAAAAUCACCUUCUUUGAUUUGUCGGAAACAUCUGUUACCUCCAAGAUUCGUGCUAUUGUAGAUCAUGAAUGUGAUCUUAACAAGCAGCCACGUCUUCUUAAAACAGUUAUGGUAGGAAUUUCGACAAACAACCCGGAAUGUACAUCUAUUAACCUUCAGUGGGAAGAAGGGAUGGAAGAAGCCGCACGUUUUAUUGCUCCUGUUUUAAAAGACAAUACGCAUUUGUUGGAAUUGAACUUGGGCAACUGUUCAUUGGGCGACAAAGGUGUGCAGCUUUUAGUGGAAGGAAUACGUCAGAAUAACAGCAUUCGUGCCGUUGUUUUUCCCAACAACGGCAUUACGUCUACUGGAGCAAAGCUUCUGUUUCAGUGUGCUCAGCAGCGUCCGAAAAUGGAGGAAGUGAACCUUGCAGGAAAUCGCAUCACAGACGAAGCAGCCUUGUCAAUAUUGAGUGCUCUUCGGUUUAACAGUUCUCUUAAAAGUAUCAAUAUCACCAACAAUUACAUCAGUGCAGACUACAUGAACGAGGUUGAGGGUUUGUUAUUGAUAAACCAAUCACCAAAGACCAUUCAAAAGCUUCUGGCCGAAAUUGAGGCUAAUGAUUCUUCUCUUACCAAAAUAUCCCUUUCAGGGGGCACUGGGGAUGAAUAUUGUAAUGAUGCUUCUGUGAAAUUGCUUUGCCAAUCACUUUUGCUGAACAGAACUGUGACCUUAUUGGAUCUCUCCAGAAAUGUUGUGGGUGACUUGGGUCUGACUUCCAUAGCUGAAAUGCUUAUGACCAACACCACUCUUACACAUUUGAAUCUUUCUGAGAAUUCUAUAUCAAAUCGUGGUGUUCAGCGUCUUUGCGACGCCCUUCGCACAAACGCCUCGAUUCAGGAACUUGACCUUUCGAACAACGUGAUAAAUGACGAUGGAGUGGAGGGUUUUAUUGAUGUUCUGAAAUUCAAUGAGAGACUGGAGAAAAUUUCUUUGAAGAAGACAGGCGUUUCAGAGAAGAUGUCCACUAAGAUCACAGAGGCUGCUGAUCUUAACAAGGAGCCGAGUAAUCUCAAGGGGGCAGUCUACAGGCUACAGAAGGGUGACACGCAACUAUCUAAGCUUGAUUUGAGCAGAGAGAACUGCACGAGGCCGCUUGAUGAUCAAUCGAUUACAACGCUUUGCACUCAUUUACGGGGGAGAACAUUUAUUGAGAGUUUGAUUUUGAAAGGUAAUUCCGUUGGUACAGAAGGGUGUAAGAGCAUUGGAAGCCUUCUCUCAUACCCAGGUUGUGGAAUCCGUCUGCUGGAUCUGUCAUCUAACCCUGUUGAUGACAAUGGCCUACGUGAGUUGGCCAGUGGACUCUCUUCCGAUUAUUGCGUACUGGAAGUCCUUUUAUUGUCCGAAACAUCAGUGACAUCAGCAGGAAUUGAUUUUCUGACCACGGUUCUGAAGCAGAAUAAAUCUCUCUUGGAGGUGGACACACCAGAGGGUGUUUCGGCGGAUUCAUUCUGUCUGAUGAAUCGGGAGCUCAUGGUGAAUGCCCAGCCCAAGUCCCUAAAGCCCCUAUUGGCAUCUAUUGAUGCCAACGACGCUAUAUCAACGCUUGUAUUUAGGGAUCCAAAUGUUCCUUUUACAGAUUCGGCAUGCCAAUUACUUUCUGCUUCACUGGUGAAGAACGACCACAUUACUGCUGUCGAUCUAUCACACAAUCAAUUGACGUGCGAUUGCAUGCCUUUUCUGUUGGAAGCUCUUUCCAGGUCCACAAGAAUAACAUCUGUUGAUCUUUCCCAUAAUCGUAUUGAUGAUAGGGGAGGGAAGUCUCUUGUGUUAUUUAUGCGCGAGAAUGAUCAUGUUUUGUCGCUCGCUCUGGAAGGGAAUACGAUAUCCUCUGAGACUUUGAGUACAAUCGACCAGCUGUUAUCUCUCAAUGGGGGUUCAGUCAAAUUAAAAAAGAUACUCCUAAAACACUGGACAGGCAAACUCAAGGAUGAAAUGAUUGACUUGAAUGCGCACGACGAAUUCUACAAGCUUACGGACAAUGAUGUUUCUCUCUUAUGUGAAGUGUUGGCAGAAGCAACAUCGAUCCGGGCCGUUGAUCUUGGAAUGAACUGUAUAACAGAUGUUGGGUGUGAAAUGAUUGCCGAUGUACUUCGACAAAACCACAAAAUCGAAGCUUUGUAUUUGGAUUAUAACCCUAUUGGAGAGGCUGGAGGCGAAGCCCUUUAUAAUGCGUUGAAGGUGAACCAUCGGCUUCACACGCUUUUUCUUGAAGGAACAAAUGUACCUGGUGAGAUAUGGGAGGAUAUUUUGAGUCUUCUUCACGUUAACGAAACCCCGCUCAAGGAAAGGAUCAACAUGAGAGACCUUAACCUGGAGGACGUUGAUGAUGAUACACAGUUUAAGAGCACCGACUAUGCUACUGCUCAAGAAGAAAAAGUGGGUGAUGAUGCACUCCACCUCUAUUUGGAGCCACGCAAACCUCUUCUCUUGAACAACUAA